CUUUUCAUCUGCGCACCUCGUCAUACUCCGCAACCUUAAUUCAUUAGUACGUAUGCUCAAGCCAUCGACUGUAAUCCAGCUACUUCCUAGUGUUGGCCCCCCCUCGCGUGUGCGUGGACACCGAGACCGUGUGAAGCUGCGCAGGGGCCUCGCCCAUCCGCGGACCAAGUACGUAUUCCAACGGUGAAGACAACGAGGACGUGGUCAUUGCCUCUCAGGCAGCUUUCACUGUGCCAGGCAGUGGGUGAGUAGCCAUCACACCGCUUUGACCAGAGUCAGCCCCCUUAGUCCUCCCCCUUUUGAGCGCAAUCAGCCAAGCUGCUGCACGCAAUAUGCGCCAGCAGAGGACACGAAGUGGAUGCCUCACAUGCCGCGCGAGGAGGAAAAAGUGCGAUGAAGUCAAGCCACGAUGCGCCGGCUGCCGACGCAACCAGAUCCCAUGCAACUGGCCGCCACCUCCUCCUCCUUUGUCUACCCAACCCUCGACAACUGUCGCCCAACGCACAGCAUCUCUGAGGCGCAAAGUGGAUGACAUCCCUCCCGCCCGGCCGGCAGUGUCUAUCAGACCCACGGACUCCCUGUCAGUCCUCUGGUAUCAGCACCAGCAGCAUGUGUCCGUCAUACCGCCCCCCGUUCCCAUGGUCCACCGGGGCGCCGACAGCGAUGGUGGCGGCCAGCGCCCUUGUGCUUUGACACCCCUAUCCGUCUCCAUUUUCUCGCACUUCCUUACACACACGGCUUCCUUCUUCGCCAUGGGCCCCCUGCAGGACAACCCCUUUGUCACCCUCCUGGUCCCGCUGGCCUCGACGGACGACCUCCUCAUGCAUGCGCUGCUGGCCCUGAGCGGCGCACACAUGGCAUCUCAGGACCCUAGAAGCCAAGGUGUUGCCCGCGCCACGGCACUGCAUUAUGCACGGUUAAUAAGUGGGCUGCGAGCCGAAUUUGGGCGUCUUCAAGAGGGCGAUCUUGCCAAGAAGGAGAGGUUGCUGUGCCUGCUGCUGGUGGCCUGUCACUACGAGUCACUCGUAGCCAGCAGAAGCAUGAACACAGAAAACGGGCUGCUUUACCAUGCAUCACCGUUCAACAACGGUCUUCUUGGAUUCAGUCUUGAGCUAUACACAUACACCAUGCUGUGCAAUCUUGGCAUGCAUCCUCCAUCCACAGGGUCUGUCGCCGACCUCCUUGUCAUGCCCUUUGAGGACAUGUCCAAGUUCCCUACCUUUGGCGCCCUCUUCGCCGGCAGUCAUGAUCUGUACCGACUCAUCCCCGAGAUCGAUGCGCUCGCGUGGAGGCGUCGGGUCGAGGAGAGAAAUGGCCUUGCCCGUCCCAGCAUACCCCUCGUGCAAGACCACGAUAGCCUGCACAGUCGUCUCAGCGCGUGGGCGAUGGCGCCGCCCGCCUGGCCGGGGGAGAGAGACAGAGACUUAAAGUGCGCUUCUGCCGAGGCCUUGCGCCACGCACUGCACAUAUACCUCGCCACGGCUCUCGCGGGCUCCGUCGUGACCGGGGCGACGUGGUGUGCCGUUCGUCGUCGUGCGGGUGCCUUGUUCCCGUAUAUCCGGACCCUCGUGGCCUCGCAGCACUACGUGGCGACGCUGGUCUGGCCCGUCAUGAUCGGCGCGUCGUGCAUCGUCGAGCCUGAACCGCAAGCAUUCUUGAUGCAGCAGAUUCGCUCAAACUGGUCUGGCAUGGGCCACGUUGGCAUGAUGGCGGAUGUUUUGCAACUCUUGUGGGACGAUCCCGACCCUGAAGCAUUCGGACCGCGUGGACUGAACAUGAUUAUGGAAAAGAAUAACAAGACAAUCUGUAUACUAUGA